GCUCUUCUCAUGAAAAUGAAGACGUCUCGGGGUUUGCUUCUAAUCGCUCUCUGUAACAAAUUAGCCAUCCGAGCAAAAGUAACCGUGGAAUCCCUCAAGCUACCUGACAGAGAAGCCCCGCGCUUCCCUGCUAAACGUCACCUCGCUGAAGGCAGCAAUCUGUAAAAGCCAUCCCCAGUGCGCGGUACUUACGGCAUCGACUCUGCCGGCCGACAGCACGACCUCCAGCAGCACCAGCAGAAGCCCCACGUCCCUGCGGGAGAGGUGGACAAACUCAGUGCUGGUCAAAGCGAGCACAACACACGCACGUGAUAAAUCCCGCAGCAAGAGGGUUGUUCUGGUUGUGGAAAAUGUGACUGCAGUGGAGUAAAAGGACAAAAGGGAGAAAGAGGCCUUCCGGGACUACAGGGUGUGAUUGGGUUUCCUGGAAUGCAAGGACCUGAAGGUCCCCCUGGGCCACCAGGGCUUAAGGGUGAUACUGGAGAACCAGGGCUGCCAGGAACAAAAGGAACAAGAGGCCCACCAGGACCAUCAGGAUUUCCAGGAAACCCAGGCCUCCCUGGCAUUCCUGGACAAGAUGGCCCUCCUGGUCCACCUGGCAUUCCAGGAUGUAAUGGCACAAAGGGUGAAAGAGGUCCAGUAGGUCCCCCAGGUUUACCGGGACUGACUGGAAGCAUAGGACCCCCAGGACCUCCUGGAAUUAAGGGAGAUCCAGGUGAAGUGAUUGGUAUUUUACCUCCUAGUGUGCUAAAAGGUGAUAAAGGCUUUCCUGGCCAACCUGGACUACCUGGUCCACCUGGAACUCCAGGGUUUCAGGGACCAAUGGGGCCACCAGGGAUUCCAGGAGAACCAGGUCCCCCCGGGCCACCAGGACCCCCAGGCGAGAAGGGCUACAUGGGCUUGGGCUUUCAAGGUCCCAAAGGUGAAAAGGGAGAACAAGGGGUCCAGGGUCCCCCGGGGCCACCAGGACCAGCACCACACAUGAAAGAAAAAGGAAGCGAAAUCAUAAAGGGAGAAAAGGGUGAGCCAGGUGAAAAGGGUGAACAGGGAGUCCCAGGAUUGCCAGGCUCAGGUUACAGAGGAGAAAAGGGUGAACCUGGGAAGCCCGGUCCACGUGGAAAGCCCGGAAAAGAUGGUGAACCAGGACCAAAAGGAGAACCCGGCUUGCCUGGAGGGUUUGGGAUUCCAGGAAGGCCUGGGGAACCUGGUGCUAAGGGUGAAAAAGGUGAUCAAGGUCCUCAAGGGCCUCCAGGAAGAAUUAUAGAUGCUGGACCAAUAGAUACUUUUGGUGAAAAAGGAGACCCUGGAGUUUCAGGUUUGCCUGGACUAAAAGGUCAAAAAGGUGAAAAAGGUUUCCCUGGUGCACAAGGGAUCCCAGGAAUUCCAGGUCGACCAGUUCCAGACAUGGUAGGAUCACCUGGUGUCCCUGGCCAGAGAGGUGAAAAAGGUGAAAAGGGUUCUCCAGGAUUCCCUAUACCUGGACCUCCUGGAAGAGAUGGUUUCCCAGGCCCACCCGGGUUGCCCGGCCCACCAGGUCCUCCAGGUGUAACAGAUGGAAUAGAUCAAUGUCAGCAAGGGCAACCUGGUGCACCAGGUGUACCUGGACCUCCAGGGCAACAUGGAUUUCCAGGAGAGAUGGGAGAGAAAGGUGAAAAAGGUGAAACCUGUGCCUUGUGUGAUAAAGUAGGACCCCCUGGACUUCCAGGACCACAAGGACUACCGGGUCCAGCAGGUUUUCCGGGACAGUCAGGUUUCAAGGGUGACAGAGGCUUACCUGGACUUGAUGGCCUUCCAGGCGUACCCGGGCCCCCAGGCGCUCCAGGACUCAUUGGCCUCCCUGGGGCAAAAGGAGAACCAGGAGACUUUACUUAUGAUUCCAUCCUGAAAGGUGAGAAGGGAGAUCCUGGUUUCCCAGGACAACCAGGUAUUCCUGGAAGAGAAGGAACACCAGGAAAAGACGGAUUGCCAGGUCCUCAAGGUCCAAAAGGAGCAUCGGGUACAGCUGGCUUGAAAGGAGAACGUGGUCCCCCUGGACAACCUGGAUUCCCUGGAGUACGUGGUGAAAGAGGUUUACCUGGCUCUCCUGGGGUAGGCACUGCAGGGUUACCUGGUGACAAAGGAGAGAGAGGUUUUGCUGGAACUCCAGGUUUACCAGGUCUUCCAGGAACAAAAGGUGAAGCAGGACGAACUGUACCACUCCCUGGACCUCCUGGGGCAGAUGGCCUUCCUGGACCACCUGGUUUCCCUGGACCCCAAGGUGACAAAGGGAAUCCUGGGCUUCCGGGGAGACCUGGCCUGCCAGGAGAAAAAGGUGCUGUUGGGCAGCCAGGUAUAGGGUUUCCUGGACCUCCAGGACCCAAAGGUUUCCCAGGUCAGCCUGGCUCACCUGGUCCGCCGGGUACUCCUGGAACCCCUGGCCUGGAUGGUUUUCCAGGCACACCAGGUUUACAAGGUCAAAAAGGUGAACCUGGAGUGGGUCUCCCUGGUCCUAAAGGGUUACCAGGCAUCCCAGGUCCAGCUGGCAUCCCUGGAGAAAAAGGAAAUCCAGGGCUGCCUGGCUUACGAGGUGAACAAGGAUUCCCAGGUGUACCUGGACAACAAGGAUUCAGAGGAGAUCCAGGCCUCCCUGGACUACAGGGCUUGCCAGGCCCCCAGGGCUCACCAGGAGUGGGCCCACCGGGAUUGCCAGGGCCCGCUGGGCAGCCAGGACCUGAGGGGCCACCAGGAUUUCCUGGAAUAAAAGGAGAAAGGGGCUUCCCUGGUAUCCCAGGUCUAGAUAUGCCAGGGCCAAAAGGAGAUAAAGGUAGCCAGGGCCAGCCUGGAGUACCAGGGUCUGUGGGGCUACCUGGCCUGCCAGGUCCACAAGGAUCUGUUGGACUGAAAGGAUCAGCAGGAGCCAAAGGAGAAAUGGGAGUUAUGGGAACUCCAGGGUUGCCAGGGACUCCUGGACCAGUUGGAGAUCGAGGGUUGCCUGGUGAAAAAGGUAGCCAAGGUUUGAAAGGUGUGGUUGGACCACAGGGUGAACCAGGUGUCAAAGGGGAUAAAGGUGAAGCUGGUCUUCCGGGAAUACCUGGAAGCAUGGACACCAUGGACAUGGUUAGUCUCAAAGGCCAAAAGGGAGAUCCUGGAGAAAAAGGGGACCUUGGUCCAACAGGAGAAAAAGGGUUACGUGGGGAGUAUGGAGAACCAGGAAUUCCAGGAAGGGAUGGUGAACCUGGUACUCCGGGACAACCAGGACCAAAAGGAGAUCAAGGCCCCCCAGGGUACCCAGGAGAUCCAGGAAUUCCAGGGCAGAAAGGAUCAGUUGGUGAAAUGGGUUUGCCAGGAACACCUGGAGAAAAGGGUCUGCCUGGAAUACCAGGUUCACCAGGCACACCAGGGUUCCCUGGGCAAAAAGGUGAAAAAGGAGACAAAGGAGCAGCAGGUUUUCCUGGAAUUGGCUUUCCAGGAUCUCCUGGUGAGAAGGGAGAACCAGGAAGAACAGGCAGUCCGGGUUUGUCUGGAGACAAAGGUGAAAAGGGUAAUGCAGGAAUUCCAGGAAUGCCGGGUGCUCCAGGUCCCAAAGGAUCCCCUGGCAUUGCAGGAUUUCCAGGGAGCCCAGGCCUCCAUGGAGCAAAGGGUGAAAAAGGACUUCCUGGCUUAAGUGGCAUCCCAGGCUUAAAAGGAGAACCAGGUGAACCUGGUGUUCCUGGUCCUGCUGGUUCCAUUGGUCAGAAGGGUGAACCAGGCUAUGAUGGGAUUCCAGGCACAGCUGGUGCAAAGGGUGAACAAGGUGUACCAGGUAGAGGAGUUCCAGGAUAUCCAGGUGCAAAGGGAGAUAAAGGUGCAAAGGGUGAAGUGGGUUUCCCAGGAUCCCCAGGAAUUCCAGGGAUUCCAGGCUUAAAAGGAGAACAAGGGUAUGCUGGCCCACCCGGCCCUAAAGGCAACCAAGGUCUUCCUGGACUACCAGGAAGUGCAAUUGAGGGCCCUAAAGGAGACAGAGGACCACAAGGCCAACCCGGCCUUCCAGGUUUACCAGGUCCAACGGGGCCACCAGGACCUCCAGGUCUGAAGGGAGCUAAAGGAGAGCAGGGAAGCGAUGGCUGGCCUGGAACUCCUGGAGGUCCAGGAGAUAAAGGCGAUCCAGGUUUCCAGGGACUGCCAGGUAGUCCUGGUUUGCCAGGAGGUGCUGGUGAAAAGGGUGAUCUAGGGCCUCCAGGUGUUCCAGGUGUUCCAGGUCCAAAAGGAUCUGCAGGCUUCCCAGGCCUCAAGGGUGAGCGAGGUGACCAAGGUCUUCCUGGAUCUAAAGGUUUACAAGGCCCGCCGGGCCCCCCAGGUGCUUUUCAGCUUAUCAAAGGAGAUCCUGGCUUACCUGGCCCGGUAGGACCAGUUGGUCUCAAAGGAUUCCCAGGACAUCCAGGUCCCAAAGGACAGCAAGGAGUAACAGGGCCUUCAGGUGUACCUGGACCACCUGGUAGUCCAGGGUUUGAUGGCAGACCAGGGCAAAAAGGAGAAGUUGGUCCUUAUGGUCCCCCAGGGCCCAGAGGAAUCCCUGGUCCACCUGGCCCUGAAGGUUUGCCUGGGGCUAUGGGUCCACCAGGUGCAGCAUCUGUUGCUCAUGGCUUCCUUGUCACCAGACACAGUCAAACCACUGAAGAACCACAAUGUCCAUUUGGAACAAGGCUGAUUUACCAUGGCUACUCCCUUCUUUAUGUACAAGGAAAUGAAAGAGCACAUGGUCAAGAUCUGGGCACUGCAGGGAGCUGUCUUCGUAAAUUUAGUACUAUGCCUUUCUUAUUUUGCAAUAUCAACAAUGUAUGUAACUUUGCAUCAAGGAAUGACUAUUCCUACUGGCUGUCCACUCCUGAACCCAUGCCAAUGAGUAUGGCACCUAUCACUGGUGAAAGUAUCAGACCAUUCAUCAGCAGAUGCUCUGUGUGUGAAGCUCCUGCUAUGGUAAUCGCCGUUCACAGUCAAACAAUCCAGAUACCACCAUGUCCUGAAGGCUGGAGUUCCCUUUGGAUUGGUUACUCCUUUGUCAUGCACACCAGUGCUGGUGCUGAGGGCUCUGGCCAGGCCCUGGCGUCUCCUGGUUCCUGCCUGGAGGAGUUCCGCAGCGCUCCCUUCAUUGAAUGCCAUGGCCGGGGCACCUGCAAUUAUUAUGCAAAUGCUUACAGCUUCUGGCUUGCCACUAUAGAGAGGAAUGAGAUGUUCAAGAAACCGACUCCGUCAACUUUGAAAGCAGGGGAUCUGCGCUCCAACGUUAGCCGUUGUCAAGUCUGUAUGAGAAAUACAUAAUGACUUUUGAAUUUCAACUUAUUUCACACAAUAUGGUGCUAUUUGUUUAACAGCAAUGAAGCCUAGACAUAUAUCAUAUGUACCUCAUUGUUGUCCAAUAUGAAAACAGUAAAGUGCCUUUUAGGAACUUGCAUAACUAACACACACUGCUUUACUGGCCCUGUCCUUGCUGAAGAAGAAAAGAGACAACAAAGAUAAGCUUCAAACGUUGACAUGCCAAAUGGCACUUUUGAUCAAAAAAUAUAUAUUUUUUAUAUAAAUGCAAUGCACUGAUAGAAUAAAGAGUCAGCAUUCGUCCAGAAAAAUGCAAAGGUGCUAGGAGGUAUGCAGUUCUGCCUUAUACUGUUGGACUCCCCUUUCUCAUUCUUGUAUUAUAUAUUUAGAUUCAUUUUUCUUCCCCAGAUGAGUUUGUUGUUAUCAUUAUUUAGGUGUCUCAAAAUCCCAGACUCUUGUGUAUGUACUUAUUGUUCCUUAUUGUACAAAGCAAUACAAAUGUAAAAAAAAAAAAAAAAAAAAAAAGAGUUCUGGGAUUACAGACUGUGGUUAAGCAACAAGUAACCAUCUUUUCAAAGCAUAGAUUGCCAUCCCGCAAACCUUUGCUUCUGUUGUAGUCCUUAGCGCUAUUGGUUGUAAUGGGACUACACCUGGAAGAGACUUCUGAAUCGGUCUCCCAAUAGGCAAGUAAGUGUUUCUGCUAUGUUGGUACUAUGCAGCUUCUUCAUGCAGUAGAACAAACUUUCCUGUGGAAUAAAGAAUGAUCCAGCAAUGGUCAAGAAAAAAAUAUAUAAAUGUGUUAGUAAUUUAUAUAGAGAUCAACCAUUAGUCUUUGAGUUUAUCAUUUCAGAAAGAAGCUUACAGAAGUUUUCUUCUUUGCAGUGUCAUAAAUUCGGUGUUAAAUACCAUAAUAUGAUGUGAAAUGUUCAUUUUAUAUAGGCCAUUUCAAUUCCAAAUUUGCAGAGACUGAACCCAGGUUAAUAGCUAUUUGUGUUUAUUAUAGUAAAUCCCGCUUUGAGCUUGUAGUCUUUAUUCUGUAUUUAAUAUUUUUCAGGGUUUUAAACACUACUCACACACUGAAUGACUUGAUUUUGAGAAGUAUAAGGCCUUCAUUUUGUUAAUACCGUGCCAAAAAAUUCUUUACAGUGGCCUCAUUAAUAUUUCUAAAGAAUUUCUAUGCAAUGACACCAAUGUUUGAGCACAUCUGCAUCCAGAAGUGUUUUACAGACUAUCAUCAUGCAAAUACCAAAAGUUUUUUUUUUUUUUACAAAUGCCGAGGCCUUUGUGUAAUUUCUUAAGUGUGUAUUAUUUCUUACAAAGUCAAGUUUGUAAUAAAACUAUUUGUGUAAAAAAAAAAAAAAAAAAAAAGAAGGAAAGAAAAAGUUUUUACUAAUUUGUUAUUAACGUUCAUUUACAGCAGUGAAUUAAUUUUGAAUAAGCCACCAAUAAAUGCACCAGCUUGAUGCAAUCACAGGUUAUUUUUGUUCUGCACAUCUUGCAGAUGUUCAAAGCAGCUUCCAAAUGGGAAAGUAGGAUACUGUACUGACACACCUCAAUUGUUACUUGUGAGAACUGGUACUGACAGACAAAGCACGGGUCCUCCGUCUGUUACUGAAUGUGUUUGGUGUUAACGUGUUACAGGGAUGUUCAACCUUCAGUUUAAGCUCAUGGGAAGCAAUCAAGUUAUACAGUUUGUUUUUUUUUUUUCUUUUAACUCUCCCCUUGAAUUUUCCAUGAACAAAUCAGAAGUAAAUUAUACAGUAUCAAAACCCAAGUGCAUGGUAUCAUUUUGCUUGUAGGCAGUGAAGGUGAAUCUUUGCUGUGGUUGUCAGAAGAGGAAAUGGGCUGUGCUAUCUUUUUUCCAUGGCAAAAGCACAUGAUUUAUUAAUGCUGUGUAUUGUUCUCCCGGAUUCAUGAGCAGGCUGCUGCUGUUGUUCUGAACUCACUUUCACUGUGAUUCCUUGGGAAUGUCGGCUGGCCAAAUGACUGAGUGCCCCAGAAAAGAAAUUGGCUGUUCCCUUUAGUGCUGGUUCUCACUCUCAUGAAGGUUCUGACAGUUGAUCAUUCCAUGUAUAAAUGAGCAGUCCUCACAAGAGCCCUUUACUAGCCUGUAAAGUACAGGCUGUUUCUGUCUAAUCAGACUGGAGCAGAGUUUUCCGAAGGCUGCAUGUUUCUCAGAGGAAGAGGGGAACAUAGGGUGAUUCCUCUUGUCUAGGAAGAACUGAGUAGACAUUCUCUAACUCAGAGGAUCCAAGCUGCCUCUCAGACUUUUUAAUUGCGCUCUACAGCUUAUCUCCAUGUCAGCUAGGGAUUUGAUUUGCGUGGUUCAAAUCAGCUCAGUUGGUUUUAUGAAGCCCUGCAUGUAAGUUUAGAUCAAGAAAACAAUGCCUUUUGCUCAUAGAGGGACUGCUGGUGGCAGUGUCCUAACCUCUGGUUUCUUGAGGAGGAGUAGUUUGAAAACAAGGUCCUUUGGGGGGAAAAAACACCCAACAACCUAUUUGAACUCUAGUUUUAUGUCUUCUUCAGUAAUAAGAAUUCAUUCCAAAACCUGUAGCUCAUAAUAUAAUCUAACCCUUUACCAUGGUAGAAAUAUUGUUUCUAAAGUCAGUGAUUUCAUUUGUCAGUGUUACUGAAUGCAUGUCAGGUCUCUUGAAGAUGUCACGCAGGCUGAGUUUGGUGCCCUGAGUAUGGAGAGCCCGUGUAGUAAAGUAGCACAGGUGUGAAACCCUUUCUUAUUUUCAGAAGUCUGUAAUCAUCCCACAGUCGGCCAUUUGGCUCCAGCGUUGUCACUUCAGUACAGUUGUGUCCACUGUGUGAACAGGCAACUGCAAGCACAUCCUUUCUAAAACUGUCUUACGUAAGCUUCAUUUGAAGGAAAAAGCUUUCCUAAAGCAGCGCGGCUUGUUUAGUAGGCCUGACUGUUUUUGAAUGCAGUACUUGAAGAGUAACUUUCAUGACCCGAAUAAAUACAUUUCUAAAACA